CGGAGGAGGAGGAGGGGGAGGUGGCUGCGGCUAUUGUCAGCUGCGGGAAGAAAAGUUCACCGUUGAGGAGGGAGGGAGAGAAGUUUUGAAAUGUCCUGUACAGUGCGGGGGGAGCCGGGAGGAGGCCGGGGAGCUGAGGAGCCGCACCGCGCUGGAGUCUUCAUCAUAUGAAUUGACGAACCCCAAUAUUUUUCAGGAAAAUUACUUAACAUCAUAAGUCAAUGAAAUGCAUAGGCUGGGUGAUUCCACCAAAAAUCGAAACAAGAUGCACCUGCCACAGAGAUUAAGAAGUGUCGAAGUGGCGCGGGGAAGAACGGGCUAUGGCUUUACCCUUUCUGGACAAUCUCCUUCUGUCAUAAGUAGCGUCAUAAAGGAAAGUCCUGCAGAAUUUGUGGGGCUUAAACCUGGAGAUCACAUUUGCGCUGUCAAUGACAUUAGCGUCGAGAGUGCAUCUCAUGAAGAUGUAGUCAAGCUGAUUGGCAAAUGUUCCGGUGUUCUUCAUAUGGUUAUUGCUGAAGGAGCCCGUCAUAUAGAUUCAUGCUCAAGUGAUGAAGAAAUUGCUUUCUAUGAGGGCAAGACUUUGUUAAAGCCAAGGCCUGAUUCAAAAACAUUGGGCAUAAACCGAGCUGUAAGAGUUGUUGAAGAGAUGCAGUCAGGAGGAAUAUUUAGUAUGAUCUUUGAAAACCCAGUAAGUGAUGGAAAAACUGAUCAACAAACAUCAAAACACCGGUCGAGGUCAAUGUCUGCUUCUUGCUACGAAAUGAAAAGGGACAAGACGAAUCACAACCUCGACUUCCUUUCAAAAGAUGAAAUAUCGAAGAUGAUUAACAGUGACUCUGUAUUCUCCAAUGGUCUGCAGAAUGCUGAAGACUUUGAGUUGGAUGCAAGUAUCCUAAAUGUUGGCAUGAUAGUUGGGUACCUUGGUUCCAUAGAACUCCCUUCUACAAGCUCUAAUCUUGAAUAUGACAGCCUACAGGCCAUCCGAGGAUGCAUGAGACGCCUCCGAGCAGAACAAAAAAUCCAUUCUUUAGUGCUAAUGAAAAUAAUGCAUGACAAUAUUCAGCUGUGUAAUGAUAAGGCAAAGGUUAUAGCUGUGUACCCAGCAGAGAAGUUAGCAUUCAGUGCAGUUUGUCCUGAUGACAGAAGGUUCUUUGGACUCGUAACCAUGCAAAGUAGUGAUGACCAAAGCUUAGCGCAGGAUGAAGAAGGGGCUCUGAGGACCUCUUGUCAUGUCUUCAUGGUAGAUCCAGAAUUGUUUCACCAUAAAAUACAUCAAGGAAUUGCUAGGAGAUUUAGUUUUGAAUGCACCCCAGAUCCGGAUACUAAUGGCUGCUUGGAAUUUCCACCUUCUUCUCUUCCUGUUCUACAGUUCGUCUCUGUUCUUUACAGAGACAUGGGUGAGAUGAUAGAGGGGGUGAGAGCAAGAGCUUUUGUUGACAAUGAUGCUGAUGCCCAUCAGAACAACAGCACCAGCAGUAACAGUGAUAGUGGCAUUGGAAAUUUUAAUCAGGAAGAAAAAACUAAUAGAGUGUUGGUGGUUGAUUUGGGAAGUGCACCAUCCAAACAUAUUCCGCAUGGUAUUUGGGAGAAUCCAGGUGGAAGAGGGCAGAAUCAGUCCAUACUACACUGGAAUGGCUACUGCAAUGAGGAUGAUGGACACUUUGGAGCACCACAUGGAGCAAUAGCUGAUAAACCACAAAACUUUAAGAAACACUUAGGUCCUUCUGCUCGUAUUGAAGUUCCAGUUAUUGCACCACGAGGACCACAGCCGCCUUCAAAAAAAUCCAGUGUUUUGGAGGGCCAGAAGAAGUGGCUGCCUGUUCAUGUAAUUCGGGAUUGGCAACAAGGGAAUGUUAGUGAUCAGGAAUCAUAUGCUGACUCGACGGAUGGUUGGUCGAGUGUCAAUUGUGGAACCUUACCUCCACCUAUGAGUAAGAUUCCGGCUGACCGAUACCGAGUUGAAGGGAGCUUUGCACCACCUUCUGCUCACAAGAAUGACUGGUCCAAGAAAGCAUUUGACAUACACCACAUUUUUGGUGGUGGACAUGGUUCCAAGAAGUCCAGAGAAGACAGAAAGAGUUCAAAGUUUGGUCAUUCCAGUGGGAUGGUGCAAGGACCACAGCGCUCUUCGGGGCGUAGGUCACUGGGAAGAUCAAAGAGGUUCAGUGUCACCAGGUCUCUGGACAACUUGGAGGCCGCCACGGUCUCCGAUGGAGAACUUAACAGCACCGAUCUAAAAGGAUGUAUCAGCGAGAACAGCCUAAGCAGCAAUGCCAGCCUGCCCAGUGUGCAGAGCUGCCGGAGACUUGGAGAGCGGAGGGUGGCCAGUUGGGCUGUAUCCUUCGAACGGCUGCUCCAGGAUCCAGUUGGAGUUCGAUACUUCACAGAAUUUCUGAAGAAAGAGUUCAGCGAGGAGAACAUCUUGUUCUGGCAGUCCUGCGAAUAUUUUAGUCGUGUUCCAGCUCAUGACAAAAAUGAGCUGUCAUACCGAGCACGGGAGAUAUUUAAUAAGUUCUUGAGUAGCAAAGCGACCACACCGGUGAACAUUGACAGCCAGGCUCAACUGGCUGAUGACAUACUGAAUGCUCCGCACCCUGAUAUGUUUAAAGAACAGCAGCUUCAGAUUUUUAACCUUAUGAAGUUUGACAGCUACACACGGUUCUUGAAGUCUCACCUGUACCAGGAAUGCAUGCUUGCAGAAGUGGAGGGGAGAUCCCUCCCAGACCCCCAAGAGAUACCAAGCAGUCCCACCUCAAAACAUAGUGUUAGUUCUGACCGCUCCAAUAUCUCCACUCCUAAGAAGCAAUCGAGCAAGAAAACCAAGUCAGGAAGAUCUCUAAAUGAUGAAUCUGGAGGAGAGGAAGAGAAUGAGAAGAAGAAGAAAGGGACCUUCUUUUCCUGGUCAAGGAGUAAAAGCAUGGGAAAGUCUCAGAAGAAGAGAGAGAAUGGAGAGAUCACCAAUGAAUCCUCGAUUAUCAAUGGGGCUCCCAACAGGAGGCGAGAUUCACAAGGUUCUGUGUCCUCUUCAGCGAGUCUUGAGAUGAUUAAUUGUGGCAGUAAUGGUAAUGUGCUCGAGUUUGAAUCGUCAAGAGUGUCUUCUUCUGAGAAAUCCCCCAAGCACUGUUACAUUACCCUGCCAGACGGCUCCUCCUGUGCCAUGGUUGUGAAAAGCGGCUUCUCCAUUAAAGAGAUCUUAAGCAGUCUCUGCGAGAAGAAUGGCUUCAACAUUGCUGCAGUGGAUCUUUUCUUAGUCGGAGGCAAUAAGCCUCUCGUUCUCAGCCAAGACAGCAGCAUUCUGGAGUCCCGGGAUCUAAGAAUAGAAAAACGGACUUUAUUUCGUUUGGAUCUGGUACCAAUUAAUAGAUCAGUGGGACUGAAAGCCAAACCAACAAAGCCUGUAACCGAGGUCCUGCGUCCCGUUGUCGCAAAAUAUGGUCUGAAUCUCAGCGAUCUGGUGGCGAGGCUUAGCGGUGAACAAGAAUCUUUAGACUUGGGUGUCCCUAUUUCCACCUUGGAUGGACAGAGGGUUGUGCUGGAAGAGAAGGAGAACUCCAGGAGUAAAGACAAGUCCAAGAACCCAAUGAUGAAGUCGACUCCAGCGCUGACAAACUCCAGGAGUAGUAAUUCUAUGGGAGAAGAUCGGCCUCUUGUAAAAUCCUCAUCCAUCCGCCUGAAGGGCGAGUAUGGCAAAGGAAGCGGCAGAGAUGUUCGCCAACAGAGAAAAGAUGAUGCUGUUAUGAGGAUGGGCAGGAAGAAGCAGCACAAAAUUAAUCUGGAUGAAGCUGAAGCUUUCUUUGAACUGAUUUCUAAAGCUCAGAGUAACCGGGCAGAAGACCAGAGAGGACUUCUCCGGAAAGAAGACUUAGUACUUCCAGAUUUUCUACGUCUGUCUCCACUUGACACAACUUCCUCAAGCCUAACGUCAGGAAACCCCACCAAAAGGAGACCUGAAAAGAGUAGUAGUCUUGAUAAAGGCAAUAAUGGGUCAACCAGUGUCUUGUUAGGUACACAGAAUGGUGCAGACAAAUCCAGCAAGUACAGCGGACAGGACAAACGGGACAAACAUGAUAUUGUGCCACCUGCUGGAAGGAAACCAUAUAUUCCAUUUAACGCCCCACUGUCUCCAAUCCCACAUCUUCAAGAACGAAACGUCCCCAAUCGAGAGAGACUAUCGAGAGACUUGUCUACUGGAAAUAUCCAGACUAUAGAAGAAGACAAUGUCGCCGACCUCACCCUAGUGGCUGAAGGCGACAUUAGCAGCCCCAAUAGCACUUUACUACCAUUCCCCUCUUCACCAAGUUGUGAUGUCAGUAAGCUCUCCGAAGCCAACUUUUCACCCCCUCCUCCAUGCUCGGGCAGUCAAGAUAAUUCUGGAUAUCAGAAAGCAGGUAACAAAGACAGAAAGAAAAAGCUGUCUCGAAGCAGUGAGAGUUUUUGGGAGCCAUCUCCAGAUCUAAAGGGCAAAAGCGCCACCAGAUGCAACAGCUCAGCUCAUCGUCCGCAAGCCGGUCGGGUCAUCGAUGUGGAUGGAGUCAGACAGACCCCGAGAAAACACGACUCCGGAGAAGAUUUAGGAAACCUGAGCUUUGAGGGUUACAUUGCAGAACUGAAGUCUUGCAAGGGACGUACAAGGACGGGGGUGUGCAGGACAUCUGACCUCCCUUCAAUGGUCACUGCUAAGAGCGAAAGGAACAAAGAUUCGGAAACAAAUUAUAAAGCUACUUUUGUGUAAGUAGGGAAGGUCGGAGGGUAACUUUAUCUAAUAAGGAAAACAGGAGCCUUGGUGUAGGGCUGCAAAUGCAACAGUCAAACCCUGUAUUGGCCCAAAGGUCGUUCAGCUACAUGACCUGUAGUAUUAUAAAGUAUACAUGGUAGGUGGGGGUCCUGUAACAGAUUUUGCAUCGGAGCAGAAGACCUUCAAGCUACAGCCCUGGAAGAGACACUGCCACAAAGAUGGGAACGCCAUUUUUUUGUCCAUAUUUUCUGAAAUGGUUGACGUCCUUUAUUGAGAACCUUUUCUGUUGUCUAAUAUCUUAUCCAUGGAUAUUUGUGUUUGAUCUUCAUUUUGCCAAUUGUUUUCUGGAAGCGUCAUGUGAAUGGACAUUAAACAUGUAGGCUUCUGCCGUUUCAUAAAAGGAAGCUUCAUUGUCCAGCAAAUGUUCCACCUUGGUCCACCACUUUCAUCCUUGUUUGACUAUUUUUAUGACAUGUCUAUAUAAAUAAACCAGAAGAAGACAAUGUAUAGUUCUCAAAACACUUAAAGGGGUACUCCGGCGGAAAACUUAAAA